CAAAAGCAGUUUUGAAAGAAGAUGAAGUUCGGGAAAGAAUUCGUGUCACAGAUGGUGCAGGAAUGGCAAGAAGCAUACAUGGACUACAACUUUCUCAAAACAGUGUUGAAAGAUAUCUUGCGGUUCAAGCAGAUCAGAAAUGCAUCAACACCAAUGGCAUCAACCUCACGAGGACCUCUGAAAAGAAGGGUGUCCCUCUACAGAGCAUUUAGUGGGCUUACGAGCCGGUGCAGAAGCUCUCCGAAGACGAACGAGGAUGAAGUAAUUCUUGUAAAUGCAGCACAGCAAGAGGGAUCAGAAGGGAACUACCAAACCAUGUUCCUCAUGUCCUCGGAUGUCGGGGGAGAGUACGAGCUUGUGUUCUUUAGGAGGCUUGAUGAUGAGUUUAAUAAGGUCAUUAACUUUUACAAAAUGAAGGUGGAAGAGGUAAUGGAGGAGGCAAAGGAGUUGAGUAAGCAGAUGGAUGCUUUGAUUGCUCUUCGAAUUAAGGUUGAAAAUCCGGUGGUGGAAUUCGAUGGAGCCGAUGCCAAAAAUCUUGCAACCAAUGAGGUUUCCUCACCUUCGUCUUUGGUUAGAAAAACUGGAAGGUCGCAUAUGGAUGUGAUUCAAGAAGUUGAGAUGAGCAGUGAAGGACGUUUGGAAGAUGAAAAACGAGAAGACAAAGUAGAAAAAGCCGGUGACCGGAGGAAUAGCAAUGGAAAGAAGGUGGAAAUCCGGGGUUUUAGGCCAGCUUCAUUAGAAAUAUUGGAUCAUGUAAAGAUCAAUGUCACACCUGAGACUCCAGUAUCUACUUUGAAAGGCAUCCUCAUGAUGAGUUCAAAUUCGGACUUGUCAUUCAGCAAGAGAGAGCUGAGGAAAGCAGAGGAACAAAUGACAAAGGCUUUUAUUGAAUUCAAUAGAAAGCUGCUACUUCUGAAGAGCUACUGCUUCUUGAAUCUAUUGGCUUUUUCAAAGAUCAUGAAGAAGUAUGAUAAGAUCACAUCAAGGAAUGCAUCUAAGACUUACAUGGAAAUGGUGGACAAAUCUUAUCUGGGUAACUCUGAUGAGAUUAGUAGACUCAUGGAAAGGGUAGAGAUUACCUUCAUUAAGCACUUUGCAAAUGGAAAUCGCAGAAAAGGAAUGAAGAUUUUAAGACCAACAGCCAGAAGGGAAAGACAUAGAAUUACGUUUUCCUUGGGUUUCUUCUCUGGCUGGUCACUUGCACUAGUAACAGCUAUUGGUGUGCUUGUUCAUGCAAGAGGUAUUCUGAAGAGUGAGAGCGAGGGGCGUAGUCGGUAUAUGGAAAACAUAUUUCCUCUUUACAGCCUUUUCGGAUUCAUUGUCCUACAUAUGCUCAUGUACUCUGCAAACAUAUACUUCUGGAGGUGUUAUAGAGUCAAUUAUCAAUUUAUUUUCGGCGUUAAGCAAGGAACAGGGUUGGGUUACAGAGAAGUAUUUCUUCUUAGUACAUGUCUUGCUCUGCUGGCAUUGACUGGUGUCAUCUCAAAUUUAGAUAUGGAGAUGGAUCCAAGAACAAAAAACUUCGGAAGCUUAACUGAACUAGUCCCUUUGGGCCUACUUAUUGUUGUGCUUCUUACAAUGUUCUGUCCUUUCAAUGUCGUAUACCGUUCAAGUCGCUUCUUUCUCAUCCGAUCUGUGUUUCGAUGUCUUUGUGCUCCUCUUUACAAGGUCACCCUCCCAGACUUUUUCUUGGCAGACCAGCUAACUAGCCAGGUGCAGGGCUUCAGAAGUUUGGAAUUCUAUAUUUGCUAUUAUGUUUGGGGUGACUUCAAAAAGAGAUCAAACAAGUGCCUUGAAAGUAAUGUUUAUCAGAGUUUCUAUUUCAUUGUAGCACUCAUUCCAUACUGGACCCGUUUCGUUCAGAGCCUUCGACGCUUGCUAGAAGAGAAAGACGUAAUGCAUGGGCUCAAUGGGCUGAAGUUCUUCUCAAUAAUUAUUGCAGUUGCCAUGAGGACAAGUUAUGAUUUGAAAACGGGGAUGACUUGGAAGAUCAUAGCUGCAGUCAGUUCAGGUGUUGCAACAAUUGCUGCUACAUAUUGGGACAUUGUCAUAGAUUGGGGUCUUUUGCGAAGGAGUUCCAAAAACCCCUGGCUAAGAGAUAAACUCCUUGUUCAGAACAAAAGUGUUUACUUUGCAGCUAUGGUAUUGAACGUUCUACUGAGACUUGCUUGGAUGCAGUCAGUCUUGGGUUUUAGGGAAGCUUCUUUCUUGCAUAGAAAGGCCUUGGUUGCAAUAGUUGCCUGCUUGGAGAUCCUUCGACGUGGCAUUUGGAAUUUCUUCAGAUUGGAGAAUGAACACUUGAACAAUGUUGGCAAGUAUCGGGCAUUCAAGUCAGUGCCCCUACCUUUUUACUAUGACAACGAUGAAGGCAAAGACAUAUAGACAUAUACAGCACGGAAGAAUGAAGGUUAUCAUUAUUCAUAUAUGUAAGAACAGAAAGAUAAAACGGGAAAUUAAAUGCUUCUACGGUGCGUUAUCGAGUCGCUUUCUUUAAGAAGUUAUUUGCCAUCACCAAUUGUAAUGAAUCGGUAUGCACUGGGUUACAACAUUUAUACACUAAUUUUGAAAACCCUUCUAAUAAUAUAUGGCAACAAUUCCUUC